AUGCUUCGCCUUUUCUUCAAUAUUCUUCUUCUUGCCACUGUUAGCUUUGCGGCUCUCAAUGAAGAUGUGAGUUCAAUUUUCAGUACAAUCUGAAAUCAAUUAGUUUGAUUUUUUAGAAUGUCAGAACUCCACGAAUCUUCAGAGAACGUAUCCGUGAUGAUGAUUUGUUCAGAUCAAAAGAACACGCUCCAGUUGCCACUGAAUCUGAAAAUGAUAACUCUCAAAGAAUUCGAGAUCUGAUUAUCAAUCAAGCUGCACAAGGUGAUUAUUCAAAACAUUAAUCUGAUAAAAACUAAAAAAAACAUGAUUUUCAGCUGAAGCAUUCAAAUUGUGGGCUGCUCAAUUCCAAGUGUUCAAAAAUAACAUGUUGAAAUUUGUGGAACAAGCAUCUGAAGCUCUUCAAAAACACGAUCAAGAUAUCACAAUUAUUGAAAGAGUUGUGAAGAAGCUUGCCAAAGAUUUGAACGAAUCAAGAUAA